AGGACCAGAUCAGGUCCAGAUCAGGUCCCGGUCCUCUGAAGGAGCAGGGAAGGGUUCCAGCAUCGGAGGUACCAUCAAGCUUUGAUGCGACUCAGGAGAAUCAGAGUUCGGUUGGACUAAGAACGUCCUGGUUCUGAUUUGUGGAAACACUUUCAAUGUAUGUGUACGGAUGACGUCAAUAUGACUCUGACUCAUUGGGCAGCAGAGGUUCGGACUGAAGUUGACCUGUUUGCAGUUAUAUUGGACCGAACCGGGUGAGAUGAGGCAGGACUUCGCAGCACCGACCUGAUGACAGCGUGCCCUGCCCGAAGCUACUGUUUCCAUGGUAACGCCAGGACUGGACCACCUAACUGUUCGAUCAGGCGGUUAUCAGCGCGUGCUCGCACAGGCUGUAACCAGGCAACCAGGAGAGGAGGAGGAGAGAAGAAACUAAAGAGAGGAGGAGGAACUCGAGUUAGACAGACUGACAGAGGAGAUGGAGCAGAACGUCAUCCACCUGAACCACUGUCAGAAGGAGAUCUUCUGUUUCGCUGUUCCUCAGGUGUGUCCAAGCUGUGGGGAAGAGCUAAAGGGCCGCAGACUCCAAGAAGCGCCGGUGAGCCUGCCGUCCCCAUUCACAGAUGGACACAAGACCUCCUGCUGCCUGCUAGUGGCUCCUGCACACAACAACCAGGACAGGUAACAGCAGAGCACCUCUGCACAGAGACUUCAGUGGGACGUCAGAUCUGCACACUGGCAUCUCCAACACUAAAGGAUGGUGUGCAGCGAGAUCAAAGUGGGUGGGGCCACUGUGUCAGCAUCCCCCUAGUCCGACCCGACACGUUCCACAUGUUGGCUCAAUGGGACCAGUACCUGGAGCAGUUCUCUGAGGGAUCCACAUGGGAUCCUGUGUGGCACAAGUUCCAUGAGGAUGAUCACAACUGCUUCAGCUUCUGUCUUCAGUUUCUAAACAGCAUCUUGGCCAUGGAGGGUCGGAGCCUUUUGAGCCGAGAAGACUUUACCCGCAGCUUCAUCCUGCCGAGGAUGAGGAGGGUGUCCAAAUACACCACGCUUAUCCGGCACCUCCAGAAACACCAGUACUAUAUGGUGGACAGACAGGAGACAGAGACACAGGGAGAGAGACAGGACAAGUCAGCGCUCACAAGUUAAAACAGUAUCACCUCAAUUUUAACCAUGCUUUCCUUUAACUUGAACCUGGUUAACCACAAAUAAAGCAGUCUAACUAAAGUUAAACCACCCAUACUACUUGUUAAACCAGUCUCAGUAACCAGUUACAGCAAUUCUACCAUUCAAGCCAGCUUUAGAAGCCUUACCAGAAAACCAAUUUAACCACUGUAACCACAAUCACCUCAUCUGUUCGAUCCAACCUGGUGUAUUUAUUUGUUUGUAAAUAAAGAGGAAUCAAUAAAAAUUUUCACUGGUCUGUCUGA